AUGUUUAAAAAAGAAAAAGAUAACAGAUUAGAGGACGACCACGUAAAGCUCAGCAUUGUUCAAAACUAUUCGCUACUAUGGGACAUUUUAAAACUACCUAGUAUUCAAAUAUUGGCAUUAACAUUACUGACAGCAAAAAUUGGAUUUGCUGCGACUGACAGUGUGGGGGUUUUGAAACUCAUUGAUGCGGGAGUACCAAAAGAAAACAUUAUGGUUUUACACACAACAAUUUUAGCUGUUAAAACUGUUGUGCCACUUGUUGUCGCUUCUGGUCCAAAACCUCUGAACACAUACCUAACAGCAACACCCAUCAGGUAG